UGGCUGGUGGGCGUGAGAAUAACAGGAAAUUAAACAUGCCAAAGACACUCCGUUAACGUUAACAUUUCUUUUUAUAUAUAUAAAAGAAACGGGUUGGAUUGAAAAUGUGAUAAUCUGAAAAUGUACGCAUUUUACAGACUAACUCAUAACUAGCUGGACUGUUUUGCUAAAUCGACGACUCAUCCAAGUGAGCCCAGCAUUGAGUGACAAUGUCUCUAGCGCAGAGAGUGCUUCUCACGUGGAUCUUUACCCUGGUCUUUCUCAUCAUGCUUGUUCUCAAGCUGGACGACAAGAUCCGAUGGAACUGGUUCCUGGUCUUCCUCCCCGUUUGGGUCUUUGAUGUGAUCCUUGUCAUCAUGCUGGUCGUCAAGAUGGCUGGUCGCUGUAAAUCGGGUCACGAACCCCGUGAUGGUCCCCAGGACCUUCGGAAGAAAUCCUGGUAUCUGGUGGCGGUGUUGCUGAAGCUGGCUUUCUGCCUGGCGCUCUGUGCUCGGCUGGAGCGGCUGGCAGACAUCAAGGUCACCUUCGUCUGCAUCCCGCUCUGGGUCCUGCUCUUGGGGGCUAUGGCGGAGUUGGGUUACAACAUCUUCCCUGACCGAAGGGACUAAGUCUUUAAUUUAUACCAGUAGCAGAUGUGAUUCUGUUUGGCCUGCAACCCUCAGCUGGCAUCUCUACUUCGGACAAUGUGAGGGGGGUCACCCUUUCAGGCUCGUUGGGUCUGUAUGCAAUGUGCAGGAGGUCAUUUUAAGUGCACUGACUGGACAUUGUAGACAGUAAGGUUGCUCAGAUGGACUCCCAUCCUAAAUUGGUCAUGUCCAUUUACUUGAGGAAUCCUUUAAGUAAAACAAUGGUAUGUAUUGCGAGUAUGUAAGACUUCCCGGACCAGGUUUACACAAUUCUCCAACCUGCAGCCAUUCUUAACUUCUCAUCCAGACUGAAUGCAUCGGUUGGUAAUGAGUCCUCGUUAAACGUUUGUCUUUAAAGGAUUUCUCCUUCAGUACUGAGCAAUUUUAUACUGGGUGUAGUGUAUAUAUUUUUGUUUUACUUUAAAGACAACUGAUUUCUGUUCCCCACAAAUGAUCUAUCAUCAUUUGGUCUGUAUUCAGUGUGUAGUUUGGUAUUGAUUGUGAUGACAGAAAUUUCAUACUUGAAGAAUUUAGAUUUUUGUGGUUUGUAUUGUUUGAAUAAAAUCGGAAGUUCUACAAA